UUAGCUUUGUUUUUGUGCAUCAUGGCUUCUACAGGACAGGGAGCUGGUAAAGGAAAGCAACCAUCCCGUCCUGUUGUUAAUCAUCACGUUGAUCUAUCAGCUCAGCUCUUAGAGGCAGCUGCACUGGGUAAGGCCAAGAUAGUCAAGAGACUUUUGGAUAGCCGUGUCAGUGUCAAUUGUGCCAGUCAAAAGAAUGAAUCUCCAUUGCUGCUUGCAGCUUCUUUGAAGGAUCCCGAACCUAGGAGAACAAUAGCAAAUUUGCUGCUUGAGCGAGGCUGUCAGAUAAACACUGCAGAUAAAGAUGGCCAGACUCCUCUCAUCUCUGCAAUUAAAAAUCAAGACUUGGAGCUAGUUUCUACUUUACUCCGGAAAGGCUCAGACGUUAAAAUAGCAGACAACGAAGGAAACACUCCAUUGUGCCAUGCAGCUCAAGUAGGAGAUCCUGAAAUUGUAAGGAAAGUACUAGGUGAGUCUCUCAAGCAAAGGAUGCAUGUCGAUCAAAAGAACAUCAAGGGACUCACUCCUUUACUGAUUGCAGCUCAAAAUAGUCACAUAGAAGCUGCUCGAGUCCUUGUUGAAAAGGGUAAAGCGUCAGUCACUAUACGAGACUUGGAAAACUUUAUGACACCCGAAGACUGGAUGAAAGAGACUAGUUGUUAUGGGUUAGGAGAGUUGUCGUUCCUGUCACCGAAAACAAGACGGAAACGGACAAGAAAAGAAGUCAAAACUCUCUCUGAUUUCAUCAAUGAUUCCGAUGAUCACUUUGAAUUUGAUACAAGCUCUCCAAGUGUAUUUCAGUUUCGAGUCAAACCAGACAAAUUUCAUUUGCCUGAACUGAACGAGCAGCAGUCAGGCAGAACUGGUGACUGGAGUGGUGGUAAAUCAAUGUUUGACGUUCCACAAACUAAACCAAUCAAGCUCCCCUCAUUCUCUCAUAGAAAAGUUGUGCCACUAGCAAGCCAGAGAGGGAAACUUAAACUAAGUUUUGACAAGCUCCCUUCAUUACCAAACUAUUCGGUUAGCAGCAGCGGCAAUAAAAGUUACAAGGCUGCAAGGAGACAAAGUGGCUUCUAUUGUGAAGGCUCGCUAGAGCCACUGAGCAGUCCUACAGUAAAGUCAAUACUUAAAAGACAAGACUCAAUUACAGACGAAGGACCACGCUCACGUAAACACAGCCUACCGCUUCCUUUUUUACAAUCUAAUGAUAAAAAAUUUCCACACUAAAAUAAACCUAAUGCAUUAUAAUUAUAAUUUUUAAUAAUUAUUAUUAGUUCAAGUUUAAUGAUAAUACUAGCAAAUAUUUCUUGUAUUACUGCUUCAUUUCUCUUGAUAUUAAUCAUUUUUCUUUU